GACUUUUCCCGUACACUGAGGCUUGUUGCUGCUGUUGUAUACUCUCUCUAACUCUACCUCUCCACACACAAUGACUGCAUCCAACGGCACUACCAACGGCACCGCCAAGCGCGUCCUCAAGGCCGGCGUCUGGGCGCCUAGCCCUACCUUUUACGACGAGAACGAGGAGCUCGACCUGACCACCCUCGCGACCCACGUCGUCUCGCUCGCAAAGGCCGGCGUCCAGCCCGUCAUCUGCGGCUCGAUGGGCGAGUCGCACCACCUCACCCGCGAGGAGCGCAAGGCGGUUAUCGGCGCGGCGCGCAAGGCGCUCGACGACGCAGGGUUCACUGACGCCGUGUUGAUUGCUGGCACCGGCGGCAACUCGACCCGUGCCACCAUCGCCCUCUCGCAGGACGCGGCCGAGGCCGGCGCCGACAUUGCCAUCGUCAUCCCGCCCGGCUACUUCUCGGGCGCGCUCGGCAAGGAGGCGCUCAAGACCUUCUUCGCCGACGUGGCCGCGGCGUCGCCCAUCCCCGUCAUGAUCUACAACUACCCCGGCGCGGCGGGCACGAUCGACCUCGACUCGGACACGAUCAUCGAGAUUGCGCGCGAGAGCCCCAACAUCUGCGGAGUCAAGCUCACGUGCGGCGCCGUCGGCAAGCUCACGCGCAUCACGGGCGCGACGGCCACCCCCGACUUUGCCGCCAAGUACCCCCGCACGCACGCCGACGUCGCGCCAGAGUUUAUCACGCUCGGCGGGUUCGCAGACUUCCUCCUCCCCACUGUGGGUGCGGGGCGCGCGCACGGCGCCAUCAUGGGCCUCGCCAACGUCUACCCCCGCGGGAUUGCGCGUCUCUUCCAGCUCGCCGACAAGAUCGCCACCGACGCCCAGCCCUCCAAGGCCGACCUCACCAAGGCGCUCAAGCUCCAGGACCUCGCUGCCGGCGCCGACCAGACGCUCGCGCGUGGCGGCAUCGCGGCCACCAAGUGGUGGCUCAAGAAGCACAACGGAUACCCCUCGGCCCGUGUCCGCCGCCCUCUCCUCGACUACACUGACGCUGCUGGCGAGAAGAUUGAGGCCGACGCGAUUGUCGCCGAGUUCUACGAGCUCGAGAAGUCGCUCGCGUAGGGGAGGCAAAGUCGCCUCAGCAGUUUCAGUUUCGGUUUCAGUGUGUGUGCAGAUUGUAAAUAGCACUAUAACGCAUGACUUGCAUUGUGUCGUGG